GCAUCCCGGAAGUUCGGGGCCUGAGCCUGGGGUCUGAGAGACCACGUGGGCUGGGCUUCGGGGUGAGCGGCUGCCUCGGUCCCGCCGGAACCCGGGCAGUACUGGGCGUCAUGGGGAAGCUGCGCCGGCGCUACAACGUCAAGGGGCGCCUACAGGCGACCCCAGGCGCCUCGAAGGGCCCCCCGGAGCCGCCCCCCGUGCGGCUGGAACUAGAGGAUAAAGACAAGUUGAAAGGAGUAGAUGCAAGUAAUGCACUCGUUUUGCUGGGAAAGAAGAAAAAGAAGCCUAAAGCCCCUCCUCCGUCAAAGAAGGAGAAGAAGCCUCUGACCAAGAAAGAGCGGAAAAUGCUGCAGAAAAUCUUAGAACAGAAGGAGAAAAAGAGCCAGCGAGCAGAGAUGCUGCAGAAAUUGAGCCAAGUCCAGGUUUCGGAAGCCGAGCUGAGACUGUUCUACACCACGUCCAAGCUGGGCACUGGGGACCGCAUGUACCACGGCAGAGACAGGAAGUCUGACAAGAUCGAAGCCCAGGGGCAGGAGAAGAUCAGCAGCCUCAGCGGGGCCCACCGGAAGCGCUAUCACCAGGAAGAGGAGGAAUCGGAGUCCUCAGUGGAGUCUGAACCCGAUGAGGCCCCUGCCGCUGAGCUGGUGGAGACUGGUGCAGGGAAUGGGAGCCCAGGGCCCAGUAGCCAACCCUGUCUGGCGGGGACUACCUCGGCACCUCCAGCAGUGGCCUCCACCCUGGCCAGGCCCCUGGCGAAGCCUGCCGUCUUCAUUCCUGUGAACCGCACCCCUGAAAUGCAGGAAGAACGGCUGAAGCUCCCCAUUCUUGCUGAAGAACAAGUGAUCAUGGAGGCGGUGGCCGAGCACCCCAUCGUCAUCGUGUGCGGGGAGACCGGCAGCGGGAAGACCACGCAAGUGCCACAGUUUCUCUACGAAGCAGGCUACAGCAGUGACAACAGCAUCAUCGGCAUCACGGAGCCCCGCCGAGUGGCCGCUGUGGCCAUGUCCCAGCGAGUGGCCAAGGAGAUGAAUCUGUCACAGAGGAUCGUCUCCUACCAGAUCCGAUAUGAAGGAAACGUGACCGAAGAGACCAGAAUCAAGUUCAUGACGGAUGGCGUGUUGCUCAAGGAAAUCCAGAAGGACUUCCUGCUGCAGAGAUACAAGGUGGUGCUCAUCGAUGAAGCCCACGAGAGGAGCGUGUACACGGACAUCCUCAUCGGCCUCCUGUCCCGCAUAGUGUCUCUCCGGGCGAAGAGGCACAUGCCACUGAAGCUGCUCAUCAUGUCGGCCACGCUGCGGGUGGAGGACUUCACCCAGAACCAGCGGCUCUUCCCCCAGCCGCCCCCGGUCAUCAAGGUGGAGUCCAGGCAGUUCCCGGUGACGGUGCACUUCAACAAGCGGACCCCGCUAGAAGACUACAGUGGCGAGUGCUUCCGGAAGGUCUGCAAGAUCCACCGCAUGCUGCCAGCAGGCGGCAUCCUGGUGUUCCUGACGGGGCAGGCAGAGGUGCACGCACUGUGCUGCAGGCUGAGGAGAGCCUUCCCACGCCCCAGACGCAGGCCGCCAGAAAAAGAAGAUCAAGAAGAUUCAGUAGAGGACAUGCGGAAGUUUAAGAAGUCAAGGACAAGGGCAAAGAAGGCCCAGGCGGCGACAUUGCCCCAGAUCAGUUUGGACAACUACUCGGUGUUGCCAGCAGGCGAAGGCGACGAGGACAGGGAGGCAGAGAUGGACGAGGAGGAGGAGGAGGCCCUGGGCUCCGACCUUGACCUGGACUUGGGGGAUGACGAAGCAGACGGAGGUGAGCAGCCGGACGCCUCGCUCCCCCUCCACGUGCUCCCACUCUACUCUUUGCUGGCCCCAGAGAAGCAAGCUCAGGUCUUCCAGCCUCCCCCAGAGGGGACGCGGCUGUGUGUUGUGGCCACCAAUGUGGCUGAGACGUCCCUCACCAUCCCGGGCAUCAAGUACGUGGUGGACUGUGGGAAGGUCAAGAAGCGGCACUAUGACCGUGUCACCGGCGUGUCCUCCUUCCGUGUCUCCUGGGUGUCCCAGGCCUCAGCCGAUCAGCGGGCGGGCCGAGCGGGCCGGACAGAGCCGGGCCACUGCUACAGGCUCUAUUCAUCUGCAGUUUUCGGUGACUUUGAGCGGUUUCCUCCUCCUGAAAUCACCCGGAGGCCUGUUGAAGACCUGAUCCUUCAGAUGAAAGCACUCAACAUUGAAAAGGUCAUCAACUUCCCCUUUCCAACCCCUCCCUCCGUGGAGGCCCUCAUUGCCGCCGAGGAGCUGUUGGUCGCGCUGGGUGCCCUGGAGGCACCCCAGAAAACAGAGAGCAUGAAGCAGCUGCAGAGGUCCCGGCUGAGCUGCCCCAUCACUGCACUGGGCAGGACCAUGGCCACGUUCCCCGUGGCGCCGCGCUACGCCAAGAUGCUGGCACUGAGCCGGCAACACGGCUGCCUGCCUUACGCCAUCACCAUUGUGGCCGCCGUGACAGUCCGUGAGCUGUUCGAGGAGCUGGACAGACCUGCGGCCAGCGACGAGGAGCUCGCCAAGCUGAAGGACAAGCGGGCCCGGGUGGCCCAGAUGAAGAGGAUCUGGGCGGGGCAAGGCGCCUCUCUGAAACUCGGAGACAUCAUGGUGCUGCUGGGUGCUGUGGGAGCCUGCGAGUACUCUGGCUGCUCACCCCAGUUCUGCGAGUCCAACGGGCUUCGGUACAAGGCCCUGUUAGAGACCCGGCGCCUGCGGGGCCAGCUGACCGCUGCAGUCAAUACCGUGUGCCCUGAGGCCGGGCUCUUCAUGGACCCCAAGAUGCAGCCUCCAUCUGAGAGCCAGGUGACCUACCUGCGGCAGAUCGUGGUGGCCGGCCUGGGCGACCACCUGGCCCGUAGGGUACAGAGUGAGGACCUGCUGGACAACAAGUGGAAGAAUGCCUACAAGACCCCUCUCCUUGAUGACCCCGUCUUCAUCCACCCCAGUUCCGUCCUUUUCAAAGAGCUCCCUGAGUUUGUGGUCUACCAGGAAAUUGUAGAGACCACCAAGAUGUACAUGAAAGGCGUUUCAGCCGUGGAGGUCCAGUGGAUCCCGGUCCUGCUGCCUUCUUACUGCCAGUUCGACAAGCCCUUGGAGGAGCCGCCCCCUGCCUACUGCCCGGAGAAGGGGCGGGUAAUCUGUCAUCGGGCCAGCAUGUUCUAUCGUGUCGGCUGGCCACUCCCUGCAGUGCAGGUGGAUUUUCCGGAGGGCAUUGACUGUUACAAGCACUUCGCCCGGGUUCUGCUGGAAGGGCAGGUCUUCCACAAGCUGGCCUCCUACCGGGGCUGUUUGCUGUCCAGCCCUAGCACAAUGCUGAAGACAUGGGCCAGGCUGCAGCCCAGGACAGAGAGUCUCCUGAGAGCCCUUGUUGCUGAGCGAGCCAACUGCCGAGAGGCCUUGCUAGCUGCUUGGAAGAAAAACCCCAAAUACCUGCUGGCUGAGUACUGCCAGUGGCUUCCUCAGGCCAUGCACGCCGACGUCGAGAAAGCCUGGCCCCCCACCUCUGACCGCUGACCUGAGGCCUAGCUGCAAGGCGGGGGGCUGGUCUGGGGAGCCACGGGGGCUGGCAGUGGCCGCUUUCUAGCCUGGUCAUCCUGGUCUGUGCACCGCUCCCAGGAGGUGGGUCAGGCCUCUGGAAACCUCGCUCAUCUUGGAUACAAGACAUCUGGACACAGCUUGCUGCUGCCCUGGGCAGUCUGACCCCAGGGGGCUUUUUUAUAACUAUUUAUUAUGUGGCGGAGAAUGGUUUCACCUCACAUGCCGCUCUGGGGACGACAUUAGUCCCUCGCGGAGCGGCAGGGCUGGAGAACGAAGCGGCGGCGAGCAGGAGGGUGCCUACGGGCCCUUCCUCUGCAUCCCCUCCCCAGCGGGGGCGGUGCUCCCUUGCCGCCCAUGUCGCUGUAAUAAAUCUCAGCUGUCAGAACAACGGUGUGCAAGUCUAGCAGAUCUCUGAGUGGGCAUGGUCUGGGGGACACCGCCCACCCCCCACAGGCACGUAUGGAAACUGGCCUGGGUGGGUGCUCGCCCAGCUGUCCGCCGGGCCUUUAGGGCUUGAUGCCAUCUCCCUCACCCGGGUGUUUGUCCUAAAUCAGUUUGUUCUGAUAUUAUAGUAUAAAUGCAUAAAGUCCAUUAAUGCAAAUAUGUAAAUAAAACAACAGAGGUACCUGUUUAACAUUCCAAAAUUACUCACUUUCUCCACAGACUGGCCACUAAUCCCAGUAUACCCCCAAACCAGAAGGUAUCCCCUACUCUCCCCACAUUCAAGCCAUCUGCAAGUUUUGUGGGCCCUACCCCAGAAUAUGUCCAGAGCCCCCUCAUGCUCCCCAGCUCCACACCCAGGAUCUCAGAUUCCCAGCCCCUGCCCAGCAGACCUCCAGCAGCUUCUGCCUGGCCAUGGUGGUGACUUCCUGGCUGGUCUCCCAGCGUCCACCUGCCGGCCUAUGGUGUGUUCUCCACAUGGCAGCCAGAGGGAACCGUGUUAACACCUGCAUCUGAUCGUGGCAUUUCACAUCAGGCCUUCUGGAAUCUUUGAUGAUAGAAUUCAAGCUCUCAUACCCUCAUUCACCAAACUCCGGGCACAGAGCUUGCUUUCCGUCCCUUCAACACAGAGCGCCCCUCCCCCUCCCCCUCCCAGCUUCAGGCCUUAGCACCUGGCAUUUCCUCUGCUUCUGCAGACAGGCCUCCCUGGCAGCUCAUGCACCGCAGUGCCCACACGCUCCCCCUUCAGUUUCCAGCCCAUCAGUGUUACUGUGUUGGCAAAACUUACCACUACUCGUGGAAUGCUUGUCUUAUCUGAGAAUACCAGGGUACUUAAUUAGCACUGUACCUGGGCACACAGUAGGUGUUCAAUGCAUGCACAUUACCAGCAUUAGGUGCUUAGGACUCACUGAGUACACAGCCAGUUGCAAAAUCCUCCUUAGAAAUCACUGCCUUAAAUCCAGUUAAGAAAUGGGCAGAGGAUCUGAGUACACACUUUUCCAAAGACAUCCAGAUGACUAACAGACACAUGACAAGAUGCUCAACAUCACUCCUCAUUGGGGAAACACAAAACCACAAUGAGAUAAUCACCUCACACCUGUCAGAAUGGCUAAAAUUAACAGAAGAAACAACAGGUGUUGGCAAGGACGCAGAGAAAGGGGAACCUUCCUGCACUGUUGGUGAGAAUGCAAAUUGGUGCAGCCAGUCUGGAGAACAGUAUGGAGGGUCCUCAAAAGUUCAAAACAGAACUACCCCACAAUCCAGCAAAUGUCCACCGGCUGAGGAAUGGAUAAAGAAGAUGUAUAUAUGUACAGUGGAAUAUUACUCAGCCACCAAAAAGUGAAUCUUGCCAUUUGCAAUGACAUGGAUGGAGCUAGAGAGUAUUAUGUUAAGUGAACUAAGUCAGAGAAAGACAAAUACCAUAUGAUCUCACUCAUCUGUGGAAUUUAAGAAAGGAAACAGUUGAACAUAUGGGAAGGGGGUGGGAGGAGGAGAGAGGGAAACAAACCAGAAGAUUCUCUUAACAGAACAAACAGGGUUGAUGGAGGAAGGUGGGUAGGGGUAGAUGGGUGAUGGGCUUUAAGGAGGGCCCGCGUUAUGAUGAGCGUUGGGUGUUAAAUGUAAGUGAUGAAUCACUGAAUUCUUCUGAAACCAAUAUUGCACUGUAUGUUAACUAAAAUUUAAAGGAGAAAAGAAAAAAGAAAUCACUGCCUGACAGCUCGAAUAACUAGGAGUGUAAAAAUGCAGAUUCCUGGGCCCACCUCCGUUCAACCGGAAUCCCCAAGGGGGAGGGAGUUACCUGAGCAUCCGCAGAUGGGAGCAGGCUGGGGAGGUUUCCUAGCGCUGCCAUGUCCAUGGGAGCUUAUUUCUCAGACCCACUAAUUGGUAGCCUCUGGGUCCCCCUCCCUGCUUUGCCCUCCAGUGGUGCGACUGAUUUUAAACAACAACAACCAAAAAGUAAAAGUGGAGAUGCCGGGGAUUGAACCCGGGGCCUCAUACAUGCAAAGCAUGCGCUCUACCACUGAGCUACAUCCCCUGGCGGUGAGUUCUUUUUCCUCGGAAUGAGGAUAUCGGAAGCCGCGUCUUCGUCCCUUUUGCACGUUUCUUCCUUCGCAGAGGUUCAGUGUCUUAUUGAUUCCGAGAGGCCUCUUUGUGCCCAGGAAAGCCCAUCAGCCACGGGCGCCGGGGACUUCAUCCGUAAAAACUCCCGGGGAGCGGACAGGUGCAGUGGCAGGACGGCGCUAUGUCUAUAUGAAUUGAUCCAGACAAUGCUCAACACAGCUCAUCCUCGUUAGUAUAGUGGUGAGUAUCCCCGCCUGUCACGCGGGAGACCGGGGUUCGAUUCCCCGACGGGGAGGCUGGUCAAUUGUUUUAACAGUAGAACAGGUUUUCCUGGCAUUCUUAGGCACUACGGGAGCAGGCUACAGCGUACUCAAUGGGUUCCUUCUUACGUAUAAAAUAUGUGUAUAUUGUGAGUGUGUUAUUACUUCUAAUUCUGACGGGCAUCGCCGGGGGGCGUUGACAAGCACAGGGGUGCACUCCUGUGAUAACGGCAGGGGCUGUCUGUCUGGUCAGGUCAGGCAGGGGAGGAAGUGCACGCAGAGAGCAGCUCCGAAUCUUGCCAAGGCUGCAUCAGUCACAGUCUUCUUGGGACACUGGUUACCUCUGGAAGGUAGGACUGGCUUUGGUGGGAACCACUCUCACCUUCCAUUCUGUACCUGUUUGCACUGUUUGAAUUUUAUUUUUCUCCCUCCCUCUCUCCCUCCUUUCCUUCCUUCCUUCCCUUUUCUCUUCUUUCCUUCCUUUUUUCCUUACUCGAUUUUUACCAAAAUGAUACACUUAAGUGGUUUUUAAAGAACUACAGAGGUAGGGGUUGCACAGCAUUGUCAAUGUACUAAAUGCUACCAAAUUGUUUACUUUGAAAUGGUUAUUUUUAUAUUUUGUGAAUUUCACCUCAAUUUAAAAAAAUACUUUAAAAAGAAAAGAUCAAGACUCGUUUGGGGAAGAAAGGAAUGGAAGGGGUGGAUGGGAGUGUAAAUGGCUUCAGCCCAUUCAGAAAGCGCCUGGAAAGCUGUACAUUCCACCAUCUAACUUGAUGAUCCCAUGCAUGAAAUUUUGCCUUUAGGGAAAGGAUGCAAAAGGAAAAGCCUAGGUACAAACAACCUUGGUUUAUUUUGCUUCUUAGCAUUGUUAUUAUACCGAAUAUCUGGUUAGUGUAUUUGUGACUGGGCCAGGGGGUCAUUAGGUGCUUAGCAAAAACACUUAUUAAAUGACUUCAUCAUGAAGCCUCCCCACUCCACAUCCUCUCCCAGACAUCACUCCCCUUCCAUUUCGCAAAAGGAGGGGAAGCAGAGAGCCCCAAACCUGGACGACAACCUUUUGAUUUCUUCAUGCCUUGAAGCUGAGCAGGAGCCACAGGCGGAGCACCCAGGGCUGGCAGCGCGACCAGGAGGCCCGGAGCGGAGCGCAGCACCACCGGCAGCCGAAAUAGCUCAGUUGGGAGAGCGUUAGACUGAAGAUCUAAAGGUCCCUGGUUCGAUCCCGGGUUUCGGCAGCUCCGCUUUUUCCCGCGUGGAAAGGGGUUUAAAAACCAACACGUGAAGAGACGAGGAGAAAGGAGACGGCGUUAAUCCUUUCAAUCAGCUAACGGGAUUCGGUCUGUUUAAAAAGGCUCCGAGCAGUAUCCGUGGGAAACCGGCGCGGAGGGAAACUGCCUUGCGACGCGGCGAAUUCCGGGAAGGCCGUGUUUUUCCUGACUCCGUUGCUCCGAUUUCGUAAACGAGCGCUAAUCUCUGUUACAUGUUUG